UUUCCACAGGACGUCGAAGUGACGAAGUUCGACUUCCCAAAAAUUUCUUUUUUUGUUCUCGAGAAUUUCAUAAAAGAUUUCCAAAUAAAAAUAUAACAAUGAAUAAAUUAUAUAUUCCAUAAAGUGUUUAAAUGUAAAACAAACAAAAAUCUCCUUAAUUUUACACACUAUAAAGACUAGCAUCACAUUUAAAAGCACUCUCUUAAAACAUUUUGCAUUAUAAUUUUUGUUUCUAUUUUCUAUUCGGUUUCAUUUUUUUUUGUAUUUUUAUUAUUUUCUGAUCAAAGCGGGUUAACAAAUAAAAUAAAAACAAUGAAAAUUAAUGAGAAAAAUCUUUGCAUUUUUGCCACCACACCUCCAUACGAUUAUGAAGGAUUUCUCAAUAAACGAGGUGAAGUCAACAAAGCUUUUCAGCGUCGCUAUUUUGUUCUCAAAGGAAAUUUGCUAUUCUAUUUCGAGAAAAAAUAUGACAAGGAGCCCCUGGGUGUUAUCAUUGUAGAAGGCUGUACAAUUGCAGAACUCUCAGAAGAAACUGAACAAUAUUGCUUUCAAAUUGUCUUCAACGGAAAUCGUACUUACAUUCUGAGUGCUGACAAUCAAGAGCAAAUGGAAGGCUGGAUGAAGGUAUUAACUUGUGCUGGUUAUGAGUUUAAAAGAGUGGUUGUAGCUGAGCUCCAAAGACAAUUAGAUGAGAUUGAGAGUUCAAAGAAACAACGGCUUGGCCAAGAAAUACCAAAUCCAAUACCAUCAAAGCCUCCACGCACAAGGUCGAAUCCAUUCAAUCGGCCCGCACCACCUCCUCCUUCUUCCCAAAGAUUGGCCGACAAACCAAUGCCAAUUAAUGGUUUUUCAGGGACAGAAUCAUCAACAUCAUCGUCAUCAUGUGCUACCACCAACAGUUUGGCGGCAGCGGCCCCAUCUCAAACAGUAUUGUCAACUAGCCAAUUAUUCGAAAAAAUGCACAAGCAUUUUCGCAAUGAUGUUAUGAUAGACGUUGAUUUGCAUCGAGCGGCAAAGGAACUUGCUGCAAAGCCAUUAAUUGAAAUUUAGUUUUAAGCUCCAAAUCUCAUUUUGUGUGUAUGUGUUUAACCAUUUAGUUUGUGUUUUAUUAUUUUUUUAAAUACUGUCUCUUUUUUUCUUUAAUGACAUUAAUUGUAUGAUUUUAGUUUGUAAAUAAAUUAUAAUCAAAUAAAAAUAUAUUAUAUUUUGUAAUAUUUAUAUUAUGUAAAUAAAUAUAUAAACUACAACGAA